GACGGAGAAAUAUUCUUAGGAGGUCAUUCAUUGGGCAGUUUGAUCAUGUUUGAUCUAUUGUGCCAUCAAACACCCGAAAAAGAAGAUGAAAAUGUGGACAAUAAGGAAGAAAAUGACAGUAUUAGGCCCAUUACGCCAAUGCCCGCAGCCGUUAUUAAGAGGCGUCUCAGUAGGAAAAUUAGUUAUGUAAUGGGAGCUGCGGGUACAGGCCAACCUUACAUACAUUAUCCGCAACUUAAUUUUCACCCAGGUGCCUUCUUUGCUCUCGGCAGUCCGAUUGGCAUGUUCGUAACGAUCCGAGGCAUCGACACUCUCGGCGAAAAUUUCUUUCUGCCUACUUGUCCGGCUUUCUUCAAUAUCUUCCAUCCGUUUGAUCCGGUAGCUUAUCGAGUGGAAUCCUUAAUUAAUCCCGAAGCCAGCAAUUUCCGACCUAUGCUGAUACCACAUCACAAAGGCAGGAAGAGGAUGCAUUUAGAAUUAAAGGAAACGAUGGCACGUGUCGGAGCGGAUUUGAAACAAAAAUUAAUUGAUUCCGUAAGGCAAACGUGGAACUCCUUCUAUCAGCUAGCCGUAUUUCACAAACCAGACAACCAAGCUCUCGAACGCGAGAUCGAUAAAGUCGUCGAGGAGCAAUUGCAAAAACCGCCGAGCGUACCAGAUCAACAUAACAACGACGAUGGUGGUGCCAAUUUAAAAAUAGGAAUACUUAAUGGUGGUCGAAGAAUAGAUUACGUUCUUCAAGAAGCGCCUUUCGAAUACAUUAAUGAAUAUCUUUUCGCUCUUACAAGCCAUAUCUGUUACUGGGAGUCUGAAGAUACUAUGCUUUUGAUAUUGAAGGAAAUAUAUGGAUCUAGAGGUAUUCAGACCGACGCGCAACUUCCUCAGCAGUCAAUGUCAAUUGAGAGAGUAUCUCCUUCUCCGUCUUUGAAUUUACCGGCUGCCUUGUCACCCAGUGGAAGUCAUAUAGGAACGUCAUCUGUUAUGGGCGUAGACCCUACAGUGCCUAUAUCCAGUAAACCCGUCGGUCCACCACCUAAGACUGGUUUUGUACCGAAAUCUUGAUCGAUGGAAUGUUUUUCCCAUAAUUACAUGCCGCGAAAUUAAAUUGUAUUAAAAAAAA